CUCAACACUGCCCCACGUGUAUUUUUUUAUCGCCUCCAAAAUUUGGAGUCCAAAUGGAAAUCGAGGAGGAAAAACCGCAGAUAAUUGCGGAAAACCCCAAUGAAAACGUGAUACGAGAACGCAACGCCGAAAUCGUAUCCGGCGGAAAUGUGUUCUAUAAUCCUGUGCAGGAAUUCAAUCGUGAUCUGAGUAUCGCGGUUCUAAAUGUUUAUCACAAGAGAUUAAUCAAGGAACGAGCCGAAAAGGCGUUAAAAAAGCAACGAAAAAAGGUGAAAGAGGAGAAUGUUGAGAAAGCCGCUCUUGUUCCCGAGGAUCUACCUGUUUAUGAGCCUGGAACUCGCUAUGAAGAUGGACUUCGGAUCCUAGAGGCCCUCGCAGCCACCGGCUUGCGAAGCAUUCGCUACGCACAGGAAAUCGCCGGAGUACGCCAAAUCGUGGCUAAUGACCUUUCCCGGCAAGCGGUGGCCUCCAUCAGCACAAAUAUCCGGCACAACAAGGUGGAGGAGCUGAUCGAGCCCAGUCACUCGGAUGCCAUGACCCUCAUGUAUCUUUCAACUCACCCCGAGAAGCGCUUCGAUGCUGUGGAUCUGGAUCCCUAUGGAUGUCCAAAUCGUUUCCUUGACGGUGCCAUGCAGUGCCUAGUAGAUGGUGGUUUGCUCCUGGUAACUGCUACCGAUAUGGCCGUACUGGCGGGCAAUGCUCCGGAAGCUUGCUAUGUCAAGUACGGAUCAGUGCCGCUGCGAAUGAAGUGCUGUCACGAAAUGGCAUUACGUAUCUUGCUUCACUGCAUCGAGAGUCAUGCAAAUAGGCAUGGGAAGUACAUCGAACCGCUUUUGAGUAUAUCAGCGGACUUCUACAUCCGGAUCUUUGUACGAGUGUAUAUCGGACAGGCCCAGUGCAAGCUGUCGAUGAGCAAACAGUCGUGGAUAUACCAGUGCACCGGCUGCGAGACCUUCACGUUGCAGCCCUUGGGCAUAACUAAGCCGAAUCCCACGGCUGGUAAUCCUCAACAGCUGAAAUUUGGAAUUCCCACUGGUCCGGCUGCCAACACGCAGUGCGAGCAUUGCGGUCACAGGCACCACCUGGGUGGACCCGUCUGGUCGGCUCCAAUUCAUAAUCCUGAGUUCGUACACGAUCUGUUAACAGCCGUGCAGGAAACAUCGUUACAAUCCCUGGGUACGCAGAGGAGGAUCGUAGGAGUGCUUUCUAUGGUCCAAGAGGAACUUCACGAUAUUCCCCUUUACUAUACUCCCGAUAAGCUGUGUUGUGUGCUUAAGCUGGAAAUUGUGCCUAUGCUGAAGUUCCGCUCUGCCAUUCUCCAUGCUGGCUAUCGAGUGUCCUACUCGCAUGCAUCGAAGAACUCUUUGAAGACCAAUGCUCCUCCAGCGGUGCUGUGGGAUAUUCUGCGCAGCUGGAGCAAACGACACCCGGUUAACCCUGAGAGGAAGAUUCCCGGCACUCCUCUCGAGGCUAUACUUUCGAAGGAAUGCACAACGGACUACGAGUUUGAUGAACUUCACCCGGAGGCGAACCCGAAGAGCCGUAAAUCGGCACUAUCACGGUUUCAAGAAAAUCCAACACCCCAUUGGGGACCAGGAACAAGAGCCACUAUCAUGAUUGGCGAAAAUAAACUGCCCAAGAGCUAUCGUAACCAGAACAAGAAGCAGCGUCACAAAGCUUCGCAACAACAGAUGGAGGAGGAUCAAAAGGAUGCUCCACAAGCGGUCGAGAAUGAUGAUGAUGCGGAGCACCUGGCCAAGCAGCCGAAACUAGAGGCGACUGCGUGACGACUGCUUCCAUGUCAUAAAUUUAUUGCCAAUAAUGUUUGUAAAACCCAAAA